AUGUGGGUCGCGUCCCUGAUCCGCUCCGGCUGUGGCUCGUGCGUCCGUCACCUCUCUGACGGCGAGCCAAAGACGGCGACAACUUCACCUACCUCCCGCGCCCGUCGCGAGAAACAACCCAGAUCCGGUCGGCAGUGGAUGCAGCUCGCUACAAUGAACCGGAUAUCAAUGAUUCUGCUGCUACUAUGCGGCUUCGUCGCUCUCGUCAGCGCAAACUCAGCACCAACAUUCUGCAAAUGCACCUGCUUCAAAAACAGCACCAUCGUAGCACUGGGCCCCCAAAAAGCAGACGGCGAACCACCAGGCAACGCUCCUCCCUCUACCCGCGACACCUCCUCCUCCUCGCUCCUCAACAAGCGCGCCGCCUCCUCCUCCUGCUCGCAAUGCACAAAGGCCUUUUGCCUCAGCCGCGGCAUCGACUUCUGCAGCAAGGCUAAAGACGAAGACGUUCAGACCAUGUGCUUCCAGCGCGACAGCAACAAGGACCGCGUCAUUGUGUGGGGGUUCCUGCUAGGCACAUCGGGUUUGCUGGGGUGGGCUGUGUUUAAGAGGGCGAAUGAGCUGCGGGAGGGGAAGAGGGCGGCUGAUGCUGCUGCUGCUUCUGGGGGGAGGGGGGAUUAUAGCCAGCUUUCGCCUGCGAGGCCGAGUUGA